AUGGCCAGGUAUCUCGUGGUGGCCGGAGUGGCGGCCGCGUGCUACGCCAACGCUCUCUACGGCGAGUUCGUUCACGACGACGUGGUCGCCGUGGUUCGGAACCCAGACGUGCUCGGGACACAACCGCUGCUGUCCCUGCUCGGCGAUGACUUCUGGGGAACACCACUCGCAGAUCCGAGGAGCCACAAGAGUUACCGGCCUCUGACCACGCUCACCUUCAGGUUGAACCACUGGGCGGGAGGGCUACAGCCAGUCUGGUUUCACGCAGUCAACAUAUUGCUACACGCAGUCUCUUGCGCGCUACUAACAAGGGUGGCGCUGGUAGUAGCCGGACUCGACGCUAGGUUCGCCACCGUCGCUGGUCUUUUGUUCGCCGUCCACCCCGUGCAUACAGAGGCGGUAGCAGGUGUAGUUGGCCGAGCUGAUGUACUUGCCUGCCUUCUUUUCCUUCUCUCCUUCAUCAUAUACCAUGAUGAGGGGUGGAGAUGGAAAAGCAGUGUUUUAUGGAGCUGUGUAGUCGCGGGUCUUUCUAUGCUAGCCAAGGAGACUGGAGUUACUGUGCUAUUGGUCAAUUUAGGCUAUGACUUCUACCACUGCUGGCCUCAUCUUAAGAGAGCUCUGUCAGAAGCCCAUUGGAACAAGGAAAGCCUUUCAUUUGCAAGGAGAACUGUCAAAAUUUUGCUUACCACUAGCAUGUUGCUGGCGUUUCGUAUUGCCAUGCUGCAAGGAUCUUUGCCCAAGUUUUCUAGUCAGGACAACCCAACCGCUUUCCAUCCCUGCUUACAUGUUCGGUUAUUGACGUUCUGGUACCUAGCUGCCUUCAACUGGUGGUUACUGUUGUGCCCCUCCAUCCUCAGUCAUGACUGGCAGAUGGGUUCUAUACCUCUAGUGACGUCACUGACUGUUACAUUGUUAUUGACGUUCUGGUACCUAGCUGCCUUCAACUGGUGGUUACUGUUGUGCCCCUCCAUCCUCAGUCAUGACUGGUUAUUGACGUUCUGGUACCUAGCUGCCUUCAACUGGUGGUUACUGUUGUGUCCCUCCAUUCUCAGUCAUGACUGGCAGAUGGGUUCUAUACCUCUAGUGACAUCACUGGCUGACUGUCGCAACCUUACAACUGGUUUGCUUCUAACCUUCUGCCUUUUGCUGGCUUAUCGACUCAUCGCUGAGUUUGAGCACCAGCGGUCUGCUCCUCUAGUCCUGGGUGUGCUGCUUCUAGCCAUACCUUUCCUGCCUGCCGCAAAUAUAUUCUUCACUGUCGGCUUUGUAGUGGCUGAGAGGGUGCUUUACAUCCCUAGUCUAGGUGCUGCUCUGUUGGUUGCCUACGGAGCUCAGACAUUACACCAAGCGUCGUCUCCGAGGGGAAGAAAUGUUGUAUUCAUCAUUCUGCUGCUACUGGGAGCCACAUUUACAUACAGAACAGUCGAUAGAAACAGAGCGUGGUCUUCCAGGGAGGCGCUUAUAAAGUCAGGAAUUAAGGCUGUGCCACAAAAUGCCAAAAUGCAUUAUAAUUUGGCGAAUUAUCUUCGAGACAAUAACAGUCUGGACAAAGCCAUCACUCACUACAAAGAGGCUAUAAGAUUAUGGCCUGGGUACGCCAGCGCACACAACAAUCUGGGGACCCUAAUGAGCUCCCCUAGUGAGGCUGAAGGCCACUUCAAGUCUGCCAUAACUAUCUCUCCCUCCCACGUCAACGCACACUACAACCUAGGCCAAGUGUACAGGAAGAUGAAUCGUACAGCCGAGGCUGUGAAGAUGCUGGAAGCAUGUCUUCGGUUGGACACCUCCUACAGUCCUGCCUACCUGGUGUUAGCCAAGCUUCAUUCUCCGCCAAUAGCAGCCAAGCUGCUGUACCACGUGACCCGCCUUCUGCCGAACUCACCUGACUACCAAGCCUACUACGCGGACUGGCUUUUCCAUCAUGGUAUGAUUCUUCAAGCUGAGCAGUUCUACCUGAAGGCUCUAAGAUUACAACACAACCACUUAGAUUCCUUCUUGGGAACCGCGAGGUGUCUUCGAGCUCGAGGACAGAUAGCCAGGCUUCACCAGCUGUUGAUAAGAUGGUACCUGCUGCAGAGAGGACGGGGAGGCCUUGGACGUCUAGUUUAUGCAGCCGAGUUGUAUGUUAGAGGGUGGGACAUGUACAGACCAGGACAAUCUACCAACACAGCAACUCAUCUACCAUCUCAGGAGUGCGUGGAAAGCAAGAGGACAAAGCAGAGAUGGUGGAGAGGCCAAGGCACUUUGAACCACACACCUUCAGUAUGCAGUAAAGCUCUCACAUCCCCAAUGGACAAGGAGAGUUCUCCAUUGGACCCAGCAGCCGCUAGACUUUGCGUGGAUAAAGCCGAACCAGAUAGGUAGUUUGUAAAACAACUUUAAAAUAGAAAAAACAAAAUAAAAGUUACAGGGUACAUAAAUUCAAGCAAUUCUGAUGAAACAAUAAAGUAAAAUAACUAUGGUACCAAUUUAGCUUUGUAAAUUUCUAAGAGUAUAAUGUAUUUUACUAUAGUAUUCGCAAAUUUAAUUAUUGGAAACUAGAAUCGGUCAGUUAAGAAUGUACUGUUUUUAUUUACAUGAUAUGAUUUUGUAUGUAUAAUUGAACAUUUUUAACAUUUAAUUAAUAAAAUAUGUAAUUCAAAUUUAAAUUGUAAAUUUAGCUGUAUUAUCUUUGUAGCGAAGGACUAUGUUGACCUAAUUAUCAAUGCAUGUAUCGCAUCCACAGCAUUUAAAUUACGGUUUGGUUUUGAAUUUUAUUUUAAAUUCUAACUUGAAAUUGUACAGGUUUAUGUACUAUUUAUUUAUAAAUAUUUUAUAACUCCCAUCAUAAUGUAUACAAUAAUAUUUAUUAGUGAAGUUUGUAAAUAUUUAGGCAUUAUUACAUAAUUGUAUAGCUUUUGAAAUAGCUUCCAAAAUAACCAUUUUGUACUUGUA